GCCCGGGAGGUAAGAUCCUACAGCUUCACACCCUCGUUAAACAGCGAUACGCAGCUCAAGGAGCGGCGCUUUGGGCUGAAACGUGCGCAGACCUUGGGCACCGGCGUGGCCUUUGAGCAGAAGGUGGAAGAGCGCAUGGACCGUGACCAUUGGGCGAUGCACGCGGACAUCUUCGACGAGAAGUCUCGACCAGGUUUGCCUGCAAUGCCUCAUGUGGAUGAGAAGAUGCCACAUCGGGGCUUGGUGGACCAGUUCGAGGCGGUGGGGACGUUCCGGCCUCAAGCAGAGACCUUGACCCUCAGGGACUUGGCAUCCAAAGGCCUUUUCGCGGACACUUCCAUGGGUGAUCGGCUACUGAAAGCCUUCACAGCGAUCACUGGAAUUGAAACCAGGCCUGGUCCAGACUUGUGGCAGCUGCCGGUGGAUGAAGCCCUUGAUGGAUAUGAAAGGCAGCUCCAGGUGGCGCAAGCGAAUCAGAGGAGUGACGAUGCGGACGAGGAGAUGGAACUCGAACUGGAGGAUUCGGAGGAUGAGAACAUCCAAAGUGAUCGUUCAUGAGAGGAUGGAUGUGGCCAAGAUCGAUGGUGAUGUGGCGAUCCGGGUGUUGGAGCGAACAAACAUGUAAUAUGGGGGUUUGUAGAGAAGCCAAGCAACAUUGAGU